AUGCAUUGUUCCAAUCUCCAUCAGAGCUUCACAGCUUCUUCCCCAGACAUGACUCCAUGUACGGUGCCAUGCUAUAUGGACUAUCAAAUCCAGAGCGUACCAUUCGAUAUGUCAAUGAUGGACGAGGAUGCUAUGAAACCUGAAUGUGAUCAAGACGAUGACAUGGAUCCUGUUCCAACUACUGAGAAUCCUUUGCCAUCGGCAAGCGUAUCUACUCCAGAAAGGAAUGCUUCUCUGUUAUUAAAGUCCACGAACUGGAGUAUUCACAGUGAUACUCCAGGUAAUUAUAAUCCUAGAUUUUUAAAAGAAAUGUAUUCAGUCUCCCCGACUCGGAGAAGCUUAAAAUCCUUAUCGCCAGGCCUUCGAAGAAAAUCACUUCUUCCUAAACCAAAAAUGUUUCAGCGUGUCGCGAAUGCACUUUAUGAAGAGGCUUCACCAUGGGAAAUCGAAUUGCGGAGUGAGUCAAAAUUUGCUAGGAUGACAUCGGGAAACAUACGUAGCUCGAAUUCGAAUUUUCAUAAUCCUGUUUACCCAUCAGCUUUUCUUCAUUCAAAAGAAAGGACUCAAGAAUCUCUAGCUAAUAUUCGGAGAGAAAAAGAAUCUCCAGCAACUCCUCCCGUAAAUACAGAAUCGCGAGUUCCUGCUAUUUCAAUGGAAAAAUCACAUACGCUCUCUUCGCCAACAAUAAUUCAGACACCGAAAAAGAAGUCCUUGUACAGCAUGACAACGAACGGGCUAAAUUUUCAAUCACCGAAAAAUGUAUAUUCUUCACCACAGCUCAAAGAAAAAGAGAUUGGUAUUCAUUCUAGAAAACGGUUGCGUUGGAGUGAAGAAUUUACAGAUUUGCCCAAAAGAAGAGCUGUUUCUCCUUUUUUAUAUAAAUUUGAUACGGCAAAGUUUUCUCCUGUACACUCAGUAAAGAUUCGCUCUUUGCAAGUGAGAGACACUCAUGAAGUUCUUCGGAACUUGAAAUUAUAUUAG